UCAUUUAUAAUAUAUAAAUUAUAUACUGUGCAUCAAAAAUAAAUCUAUCCUUGGAAUAACCUUAAAAAGACAAAGAUUUUAGUUCCCAACUCCUUUUUAACGGAGGUCUGAUCACCCUUUCUUCAAAAACACACCUGAAGCAUUAGUAGUCUUAAAACCACCACCAUCCAAGUAGCGCGCUACUCAUCAGCAGCAGCAACAACGACAUCUGAUACAUACACAUAUUUUAUCACACCAUUAAUUCCCAUCACUAACAUAUAGCCGGCCAUGAACAACAACACUACCAGCCACCACCAAUUCCAUGAUAAUAAUGGACAAGACCAAAAGGGCAUCUCAAAGAAGCGGUAUAUGUUUCUCUUAUUCAUCAAUUAUACGUGCCUAUUUGUGGGUUCUGUAUCAUCAAGCUUGCUCUCAAAGUACUAUUUCAACCACAAAGGCUCCAGCAAAUGGGUUUCCACAUGGGUUCAGUCUGCAGGAUUCCCUCUCCUUUUCUUUCCCAUUUUCCUCCCUUACUAUCUGUUCAAAUGCACUCAAAGAAAGCCCUUCACUCGUUUCACUUCCGGAAUCUUAAGCUUGUCCAUGUUCAUAGGCCUCAUGCUAGGCUUAAACAACCUUCUUUUUUCUUGGGGCAACUCUUAUCUGCCUGUAUCCACCUCCGCCCUCCUGCUAUCAUCUCAACUAGUAUUCAAUCUCAUACUGUCCGUAAUUAUAGUGAAGCAAAAGAUCAAUUUCAUGAACCUCAACUGCGUCAUCCUAUUGACGUUGAGCUCAAUCCUCCUAGCCCUAGGAUCCAGUCAUGACAGACCGCAGGACCUGACGCGAGCGAAUUACUUCAUAGGGUUUUUGGCAACAAUAGGAGCGGGAUUGCUUUUUGCUCUGUAUCUACCAAUUGUGGAGAUGACAUACAGGAAGGUGUAUUGUUAUGCGAUGGUGAUGGAGAUGCAGCUAGUGAUGGAGAUAUCGGCGACGGUAUUAGCAAGCGUGGGGAUGGCGUGCGACGGGGGAUUUGCGGAGAUGAAAAGAGAGAGCAGGGAGGUGUUCGACAAGGGGGAGGGCGUGUACUGGGCGACGGUCGUGACCAACGUGGUGACUUGGCAGCUGUGCUUUAUGGGAACGGCGGGAACGGUUUUCUUGACGUGUUCGCUGACGGGAGGGAUAUGCAUGACAGCAUUGCUGGGCAUGAACGUGUUGGGAGGGGUAUUGGUCAAGGAGGAGUUUGGUGGGGUGAAAGCAGUGUCCACUGUGAUGUGUGGGUGGGGGUUUUGUUCCUACGUCUAUGGGACAUAUGUUAGCAUGAUGAAGCACUUGGACCCUCGUAAACAAAUGAAUCAGGCUACUGAGAUGGCUCAGGGUCAGGAUCAGGGUCAAGCCCAAGUGGUAACUGCUUCCUCUGAUCAUCAUCUUGGCCCUGGGGUUUGAACAAAUUAAUUAAUGUUCGCCCUUUUGAUUAGUUAGCUGGGAUCUGAGUAAUGAAUUUCUCUGUUUUAAUUUCUCCUGCAGCCUUGAAGAAAACAAAAUUACUCCUUCUAUUUGAUAAUUAAG